ACGGUGGGCUUCGACCUGUUUUGUUGAAAGAGGCGUACGCAGCUAUUCUCCUUAACAUUUGAAGAAGUGUAAAUAAAUAUAGUUAGAGGAGCACAUAAGUCGGCUUUUCUUAAUAAUAACCAUAACCAUCGUUUUAGGGUUUGGUAGCGAUUAUCAUAGUCUCGACAUGCCCCGCCUCCGCAAGAAGAACAGUAAGAGGACUAAGGUUUGUCCGGAAUUAUUAUUGCCAAAGAAGUUGAUAAAAACUCCGAGGAAGAAAAGGGUCAAAGUUGAUCUGAAAAAGAUCGAAUCUUUAGAAAGCAACCAAGGGGACUACAUAUUACAAUUUAUACCAUCGAAAACCACUAGAGAUGACAAAAAAUUGGUCACCAAGAAGAUUGAUGUUCAUACUAAAGCUCUCAAGAAGAUUGAUGUUCAUACUAAAGCUCUCAAGAAACUUAUUACCACUAGUUUCAAUUUUGUCCGAAAUUAUGAAUUCUUAAUCAGUUCUGCUAAAGAGGUGCUGCGCCUUGUUGAUUGCUACAUCAAGGAUUCCAAGUUGCAGCCUUUCAACUACGAUUGGUUAGUUUAUGACCCACCGAGGGAAGUUUAUAAAGAACCAAAUGUUUCUGCCUAUAUCUGCAACCUUGCCAAGAAUGGUCAUGCAAGUGUUCAUCCGAAUUUUUGGAUUGAUCCGGAGAAUGUGUUAUUUAUUGAUCAUCAUAUGGAACCUUUUCCUCUUAUAAUACAUCCUUUGAACCAAAAAGAAAGCAAAAUCUGGCUGGAGUUUAAAAAGCUGGAUAAGGGGAAUUCUGUAGAAGAGGAAGAAGAAAGGUCAGUCAAUCUUUCUUAUCCCCUUGUUGGUGUUAUUGGUGGCUUUGCGGUUGCUGCUUUCAACAAGGCUUGUGAGUUGAUCAAGAAGGUUGGACACAACCUCCAUGAUUUCGAAUAUAUGGAGUGCAAGUAUGUAAAAGAUACUGAGGAUUAUCUCUUCUACAUGACCAUAGAGGCCAUCGAAGAAGGGAAUCUUGGUGUUUAUGAGGCUAUAGUUGUGUGUCCAAGGGCUGAAGUUGGAACAUGUCUCCAGUUAACAUUGCUCAAGUUCGUGCUUACUGAUCGUACACCAGUUGGUGCAAAAGCAAUGGCAUUAUCUCUUUUUUCUUGCAUGAGAUCCUUAUGCCAAGCGUUAAAAGAUGAUGCAGAGGAAAAAGCAUAUGAGAUUAGGGGGAUACAUUCUAGUACGAGAGGUAUGACAAGGGGCAAAGCGUGUCAUGAAAUGAUUUUUCUUGGAUAUUUCGAGCGUGCAGUUAUAAAAGGUAUUCGGCGAGUGCUUUAUUUGAACCUUGAGUUACUGUUUGAGCCGGAUUGCACCCGAAGAAAUGAUCCAGAUGAUUGGUCUAUUCUCAACAUUAGCUGGAUGGUGCCUAGGAACAAUGGCACGCCUAGUAGGGGUUAUGACUACGAUAACUACAAUCCGUAUAUCACGGCCAGGUCGGCCUUGGCAAAAAAAUGAGACUGAUGUAUGGAAAGAAUCUUAAAGAGCAGCUUUUGAAUUCUUGUUAAAUAAGUUUAAAAUUAUUUACCUUGUGUUUGGUUGUGUAAUUUAUGGUCCUAACGAUGUCUAGGCUAUACGUAUGGUCCUCUUUUGAGGCACGUCUCUUUGAUGAAACCCUAAACUGUAUGUCAAUGAAAUUCGGAGUGCUAGUUGCAGCUAUGUACAAGGUUAAUCCUAAAUCCGCAUCUAAAUCAUUGAACCCAAGAAAAAGGAACUUAUUUUUGACACUACCAAGCGGGGCUCCACAUUUAAUUGUGUGCAUCGGUCUGAUCAAUACACUUAUGAAUUGACAUUUGAUGUAUGUAACUUUCUUACUAAUGACAAAUGUAUCAAGAUUUGUCCAAGUAUUUAAACAA